CAGACAGAAAUCGGGAAUAGUUGAGAAGAAGAAAGGAAAGAAUACAAUUAAUUCCUCAAACUUAGUCAAUCAUUUAGAAACUUGAAUCAACUCAACUCAACUCAACUCAACUCACCUCCAAACUCUUCCUCUCGUGUGGUGCACCACCCACUCAUCCCGUCCAUUCCAUCCCAUGUCCAUCGAUCCGUCCACCCAUCCAUCUAGCCAUCCCUUCACCCACUACAUCUCACGAUACGUCCGUCCAUCCAUUCAUCCAUUCCCAAAACCGAAAUCUUCCAGCUGCGUCUUCUGCCGCCGACGCCGCCGUCGUAGGGUCCUUAGGUCCUCGCCGCGCUACGGCUGUUGGACCGCCGCCUUUGCGUCUUUUCUCCCUGUGCCUGCUCCUCCCACCCAACAUCGUGAUACAUACGUGCCCAAUGUCCCUUUUCCUCUCUACUUCAAUGUCUUUUUGCCAUAGUAAGUAAUUCCACCCAUCGUAACCUACCUAGUUACAUACCUAUCCUAUCUAUGCACCUGAAAUCUGAGUGCUGCGUGCUGCGUCUGUGUCUCGUCUCGUCUCGUCUCGUCUCGCUACUUUUACAUUACCCGAACCACCUGUCAGGAAUAAAAAAAGAUGCAGUCCAGAAGUCCAGACUACCAAUAAUUUCGUAAUCGGGUGUUUCUAACUCUCUGGUUACUGGCAACUGAAUCUUUCUUUCUCCUUUCUCCUUUCUCGGUUCCCUUCUCCGUCUGCUUGUUCCCCUUCUUUUACUUCCUUAAUUCUUGUUCUUCUCUCGCGCGCGUAAGUCCUUGCUUACUGUACAUGUCAGUUUCAAUACGCCUCUCCCCCCGCAACGAGAUGGGCCUUGAGACAUGUGAAGAGAACACAUGAUACAACAAUAAUCAUAAUCAUAAUAAUAAUCAUGCUCAUUGCUGGCCUAUUUUGAAAACAAAACAUGGUCCGCACGACG